GUUUCCCCACCUCUAGCACCAACGCCGACAGAAAAUGGCGUCCGCCUGAAAAUUGUUGUCUUUAUCGGAGAAUAUCCACGCUCAUUGACCAGGAAAACGCGAAAAGAUGGCCCUGCCCAGCAACUACAAGCAGAUAGCCGUGGGCGGCCAGGGACCGGGUUCGGCCACGCCGCUGCAGGGCGUCGUGGGAGGCAGCGGUGGCGGCACCAGCGGCGGUAGCCGGUCGCGAUCAUCCGGUGGAGGCGGUGGAGCCGAUCGCAACAAGGACCAGACGCCCAUCUUUACGCACAGCAACUACGGCAAUCCGGCCUUCACCCCACAGAAAGUGACCAAGUCGUCGAGCAGCAAGAACCAGAAUGAAUCGCGGCUACCCAAACCGCCCAAGCCGCCGGAGAAGCCCAUACUGCCUUACAUGCGGUACUCGAAACGCGUUUGGGACAGCGUCAAGGCCCAGCAUCCCGAGCUGAAGCUCUGGGAGCUUGGCAAGAAGAUCGGGGCCAUGUGGAAACUACUGCCCGAGGAUGAGAAGACCGAGUUCAUCGACGAGUACGAGGCGGAGAAGCUCGAGUACGAGAAAUCGCUAAAGGCCUACCACCAGACGCCCGCCUACCAGGCCUACAUGUCGGCCAAGAGCAAGGUCAAGACCGACGUAGACAUGCACGAGACUCCGUCGCGCGGCGGCGGCAGUAAGUCACAGCACGAGCGGCGCAUCGAUAUCCAGCCGGCGGAGGACGAGGAUGAUCAGGACGAGGGCUACACGGCCAAGCACCUGGCCUACGCCCGCUACCUGAGGAACCAUCGGCUGAUCAACGAGAUCUUCUCGGAGGCCGUGGUGCCGGACGUGCGAUCCGUGGUGACCACCACGCGGAUGCAGGUGCUCAAGCGGCAGGUCAGCUCGUUGACGAUGCACCAAACCAAGCUGGAAGCGGAACUGCAGCAGAUGGAGGAGAAGUUCGAGGCCAAGAAGCAGCGCAUGGUGGAGUCCAGUGAGGCCUUCCAGGAGGAGCUGAAGCGCCACUGCAAGCCGGCAGUGGACGAGGACACCUUCCAAAAGAUGGUCCAUCGCAUGUACGAGGACAUCAAGCGUGAUCGCCAGCGAUUGGAUGAACCGAGUGCAAAUAACUCUACGAAUCCGGUUGCCGCUGCUGCUGCUGCCGCUCCUGUGGCGCGGAGCGAGGAGGCAGCAAAGCCUCCCACUCAGCCGGGCCAGCCAAGUGCCACGCCCGCUACCCAGGAGGCGCCAGCGGCUGUAGUGCCGCCCAAGGAGACACCACCAGCUGUGAAGCCAGCCACGCCAAAUCCCACACCGACCGCGACGCCCACUCCUGCACCAUCGGUACAUGUCCAUGAAACGGCCAGUAAAACGGAUCCCGAGCCCAUGGACAUUGAGCCGCCGCCCAAGCCUUCGGUGCCGCCGCCGCCCAUUAAGCCGGAGAAGCUGGAGAUGGCCGCUGCCCUGCCGCCGCAGUCUACGCUCGUCGAGCCCCCGAAAUCAGAGCCCGCCAAGGUGGUUGCCCAGCCCGGCAAGGUGCCCACACCAGUUCCGACGCCCACGCCGCCUCCAGAGGUGGCUCCAGUGGUGACCGGAGCAUCUCCUGCGGCGACGACAACUACGACGACGACACCUACGCCACCGCCGGUGCAACAGCAGGUGCCUCUGCCCCAGCAACAGGGUGGACCAGCUCCUCCGCCAGGCAUGCCCCAGAUGCAUCCACAUCCCGGGCAUCCGCCGCCCGGCCAUUCCCUAAUGCCACCGCACAUGGGGCCACACCAGCCGCCGCCAGGAAUGCCGGGCCUGCCGCCACCACCUCCGCACACGGGCUAUGCCAACUACGGGGGACCACCGCAUGGCCCACCUCCUGGUCCACCAGGUGGACCCGCACGGCCGUACUACCAGCCUCAGUACGGAGGACAUCCCACGCCGCAGCCCUACUACGCGCCAUUCUCGCCGUAUCAGCAAUCCUACGGCCCGCCACCCGGCUCACAUUAUAUGUCACCGCGCCCGCCGCCGCCACAGCACAAUGGCAAUCCCGGACAUCCGUAUGCACCCGAGCACGGAAGCAAUCCGCCGCCACCACCACAGCAGCAACCGCCGCCAAGUCACCUCCACGAGCCAAGUGGAGGACCAGGUGCUCCAGGCGGAGGACCAGGAGCGGCGGCGGCAGCACCAGCAGGAGUAGCAACAACGGCCGGGGGCGGAGUGUAUCCCACGCCUGGGGCAGGAGCGGGACCGGGAGCCCCGCCGCCAGUUGGAGGAGCACCGCUGGGCGAGGCAGCAGUAGCUGGCGGAGCUGCACCCCCGGCAACGGCGCCUGGCAAGCAGCAUCCAGAGACGGAGAAGCACGAGGCGGACUAAGGCCAGGAGGAGGAGCCAUCCACCUACCUCCUCAUACCCAGAUCCUAGUUGUAGUCCCUAAAUUAUAGAUACAUGCAUCGAUCCCUGUGUUGUAACAUAGCUGUCCCCACUGAAACUCCGCCUCUGUUCGCUGUAUACCGACAAAAAUCCCCCAACUUUGAACCCCUUUUAGGCGACCAGAACAACUCCCGCAUCAAAACCCAUUCUCAAUUAAGUUUAACACACUUUUUUUUCGCGAGGCCUAAUUUUAAUAUUUUAAUAAUUGAGUGUGCGUCGCAUUUUGGACUGUAUGCUAAAUAUACGAGUAAAAUAAAUGUACGUUUAUAUGUAAA